AUGCGCGAAGUGAUUCAUCAACAUGGCCUGCUGUACACUUGGCAAGGCUCGGCCCCCUCUCUUGAGCCAUUGCUCUUACUGGCGCACCAGGAUGUUGUGCUGUGGAGGCUACGACGCGCGACGCAUGGACGUGGCCACAAUGACAUUGAACGGCAAACGAUUUGGGGGCGUAGCGCCGUGGACUGCAAGCAGUUUGUGAUCGGUAUCAUGUCGUCUGUCGAUACGCUGAUAGCGAGCGGGUUCCAGCCCAAGAGUACUGUGCUCCUGAGUUUCGGCUUUGACGAAGAAUCGGGGGGUAAUCAGGGCGCUGCCCACAUUUCAAAGGUCAUCUUGAACAGAUAUGGCAAGUAUGGAGUCGCUUUCAUCGUGGACGAAGGCACACCGAUUCUGCCCGCCGACGAUCCCAGCUCGUAUGGCCAGCCCCUGGCGACCGUUGCUGUGACAGAAAAAGGCUCGCUGAACGUGCAUAUGGCUAUUUCAAGCCGCGGCGGUCACUCAUCGCGCAUCAUUGCCACGUUGGAAGAUCAUCCGUUCCCCGACGUACUGGGCGACGCCUCGCAUGCCUCGCUUCAGCACUUGCAAUGCCUUCGCGAUGCGCCGCACAUGCCUAAGCAUCUGCGUCGUGCCUUGCAAGAGCUAGAGCGGGCUGAAAAGGGCCUCGAUGCGACGUGGGUAUCGACGGGGGGCCGCCAUGCGUCUUUGCCCCGCUUGCGUCGCUGGUACGAGAAGUUCUGUCGUGCCGACGACGGACUCGACCACUCUGUGCGUGUGGCGCCUACAACGCUGUUUGCCAACACGGAUACCGCAUGGUAUACAAAAGUGACUCGAAACAUUUUCCGCUUUGGACCGCAAUCACUCUAUCCGGACCUGACCGGCAUGUUUGUAUCCAAGCAACUGCACACUGUCAAUAAACAUACCAACAUUGAUGGUCUGAUCGAGAGCGCACACUUUUUCACAAACUUGAUCGUAGCCGCGAGCCAUUCUCCGAUCGAGUCGCUCGCUUCCCCGGGGGCCUGA